CGGAGCCCAGAGGCCGCCCACCGGCGGGAGCGUCGGAGCGCGCAGGGGAGGCAGCGGCCGGGCUUCCCCGGGCUUCUCCCCUGGCCGCGGGCGCUCAGCGUUGGCCCACGACGUGGAGGCGGCGCCUGGCUCAAGGGAGCCGGGAGUCCCCGAGGCGCCCCCGCUGCGCGCGCUGACACGGGGCCCGAGGCAGCCAGUGCGGCGUCCCGGAGCCCCGGGCCCGAGCAGGAGACUCGGCUGAGCCCUCCCCGCCGCCGGUCCUCCCGCCCCCGCCCGGCGCCCGCCUCCCGCCCCCGCCCGCGGCCUGGAGCGCGCCUCCCUCGCCGCCCAGGGUUGGCGAGCCGGCGCCGGCCGAGCUGCGGGAGCCGUGGAGAGCACCAGCCGCCGCUGCGGGAGCUGCUCUGGUCACACCAUGCGGGAGCUGGCCAUCGAGAUCGGGGUGCGAGCCCUGCUCUUCGGGGUUUUCGUUUUUACGGAGUUUUUGGACCCAUUCCAGAGAGUCAUCCAGCCGGAAGAGAUCUGGCUCUAUAAAAAUCCUCUGGUGCAAUCAGACAACAUACCUACCCGCCUCAUGUUUGCAAUUUCUUUCCUCACACCCUUGGCCGUUAUUUGUGUGGUGAAAAUUAUCCGGCGAACAGACAAGACUGAAAUUAAGGAAGCCUUCUUAGCGGUGUCCUUGGCUCUUGCUUUGAAUGGAGUCUGCACAAACACUAUUAAAUUAAUAGUGGGAAGACCUCGCCCCGAUUUCUUUUACCGCUGCUUUCCAGAUGGAGUGAUGAACUCGGAAAUGCACUGCACGGGUGACCCUGACCUGGUGUCCGAGGGCCGCAAAAGCUUCCCCAGCAUCCAUUCCUCCUUUGCCUUCUCGGGCCUUGGUUUCACGACAUUCUACCUGGCGGGCAAGCUGCACUGCUUCACUGAGAGCGGGCGGGGGAAGAGCUGGCGGCUCUGUGCCGCCAUCUUGCCUUUGUACUGUGCCAUGAUGAUCGCGCUGUCCCGCAUGUGUGACUACAAGCAUCACUGGCAAGACUCUUUUGUGGGCGGCGUGAUCGGCCUCAUCUUUGCAUACAUCUGCUACAGACAGCACUACCCGCCGCUGGCCAACACAGCCUGUCAUAAACCCUACGUCAGCCUCCGCGUCCCCACCUCGCUGAAGAAGGAGGAGAGGCCCACCGCCGACAGCGCGCCCAGCUUGCCCCUGGAGGGGAUCACCGAAGGCCCCGUAUGAUGAGUGUCCAGGGGAGAUGGACGCUGAGCCCCGGGCCGCUCUUCCCCCACGCCGUAGCGCAGUGGCAAAGGUUUUCUGUAGUGUUUCUCAUCAAUUAUUUCUCAGCUCCCCUCUGCUUCCAUUCUGCCGAUGGUCUUCCUGUCACCCUCCAUGUCUCCUCUGAACGUUUUUGAAUUCGCAAGGUUCAGACAUGGGAAGCAAUCUCUGAAAGACGCCUGGAAGGGGCAGGGCGGGGUGGCGUGGCUGGCGAUUCCUCCCCGGCGUGUUGGCUGUGGCGACCGCCUUCCUCUUCUUUCAUGGUUGUGAAACAUAAUAAAACCUCCCACCUGGAA